UUCUGAGCUCCGCGCUGAUUGGCCAGAGUCGAGUAAAGGCGGAAGUCUACAGACAAGGGGGAUUCCCCGAGGGAAGUUCCCAACUUGACUGGGCUAUGUAAAACAUACAUUGCAAUAUCCUCCCCGGCUCUACAAAACGUCGCAGACGAAGAUCAGGCGGCGACGCUGCGGCGGUGUCGAGGCAACAAAUUCGACUUUAGCUGUUACUCGAAUGAAGGGCUCAUGUCUGCUGUGUCAGUGAUGUUUGUGGAGCACACGGUAUGGAAAGGAACAUCGGAGACCAGCUCAACAAAGCUUUUGAAGCUUAUCGCCAGGUCUCCAUUGAAAAGGACAAUGCUAAAAAGGAGCUGCAGAAAAUGACUGAAUAUUAUGAGGGAUACACUCAAACACUUCAAAAGCAGAUAGAGGACCAGCAGCAGUUGAUUUCAAAACUUCAAGCUAAGUUGUCAGCAACAAGGCAACCAUCAGGAGAGAUGAAAUGUGAGCCUUGCAACCAUCUCCUUGAUGGGGCCAGUGCUUAUAGGAUAAAACAGUACCCGGAGAAUAUGGGCACUGUUGCUGUUGCUCCUAAUUUGCCAGUCAACAGCAGCGUUGACUACCAGGACAUGCUGGAUGUAUUUGAAGUGAUUCAAGGGAAAUUCCGGCAGAUUCGGUCUCUAACCCAAAGACAAAAAGAUCACCUAAAAAGAUUCCAUGGAAGAAACGAUACUUCAAACGAUCAGCAGUUCUCCAUGCCCAUCCAGUGCACAGACCGUACAGCAGAGGCAGAGAGACCCUUUUCCUCAGUGCUAAGGUUAGCAGUGGAAAUCCCACACCCACCCACGUCUCUUGCAUCCCGCGGCGCCAGCCCUGAGGACAGGGACUUAGUAGACUCUCUCACCAAACUCAGUGUCAAAUUCCCGCCCUCUGCGGACAGUGAAUAUGACUUCCUGAACAGUGCUCCAGAGAGACACAUUGGUCUCACCAUGCCCAUGAAGCCGCCUCUCAGUAGCGUCCCCUCCGCAAUGACAGAGGAGGAGCCCGUGGAACUGCCCAUGCCUUUUGUCUACCCUGCCUCCCCCUCCCCCUCAACAUCUUCUUCGCUCUCCCAGGAUAAUGUGCGGGGACCCCAGCAGCCUCUCUGGAGCCCUGAGCUGUGUGAUGCAGUUGACGUGGGGACAGAGCUGGCGACGCCUCAGAGCAGCAGUCCUGAUAAAUGUGCUUUCUGCCACGCUGUGGUUCCUCAGGACCGAAUGAACAGCCACCUCUACUCGCAUUUCUCUCAUAAGAAUGAAGCUGGCAAUUGACAGUGGAAGCAGAGAGUGACGGGCCAAGGCCUCAACUACUCCAAAACUUUACUGUAUUCAUGGUCUGCCAUGGUCCUGCCUGCCAUGAAGUACAUGCGCUGUACUGCAUUUGAAAUGACACUGCAAUAAGACUUGAAUCCAUUUAUUUAAUAUUGAAGAAUUGAAUGGUACACUUCCUUGCCCAUUAUAUUUUUCUAGUUUUGCGCUGAGAUUUUACUAUAGUAAGUGACGAUGAUGCAUAAUAUGGUAUAUAUGAGCAAAUAAAGCCGACAUUUACUCUUGCAACAUUUUUAUCAUUUGAAUCGUUUUCAACAUGCAAACAGAAAACACAAUGGGAUUCUCUGUGUAUCCAUCUAUAAAGACAUCAGGUGGACAGUAUGUGUAUAUAUUAACAUUAUUUUCUUGAGCGUAUUUAUAUAUUUUUUAUUUAAAAACAUAAUUUGCAUUUAAGAAAUGCAACAAUUGACAUUCAUUCUUCGGCAAAUGAAGAUUUCCUUGCUACGUUUAAAUUUUUGAGGAUUUCUGUUGAAAUAGCUCUGCCCCCUUUUUACGUUGGCAUCAGGAUUUUAUAUCUCAUAGAACAGCCACGUGUUAUGUAUUAGACAUGCCAACAAUAUGCAUCGAAUCACUCAAACAUCAAGCAAUCAGGCUUUCCUCGAAUGGUGGACAUGCUGAUUAGCACUAUUUUCACUUGAAUUCCUGUUGUUCUUCUAUGUUGUAGACCGGGAUAUUUUGAAGCAACUGUAUGUCAUUAUUGAUGCAGAGUAGAAAAUAUUUAUAAUUUUGAAAUAAGUUUAAAGUUAGCAUGGCAUGUGUUCAUUAAAAUUGUCUAAACAGAUGGCAGCACAUAACAUUAGGCACAAACUCAUUGUUCAAUUAGUUGUCCAAUUACCUUAUACCUUAUUUGUGUAAUGGUUUUACCUUAUGCAAUAUUAUAGUGUAUUUAUGUAAGCAACUUUAAUUUAAUGGUUAAAUUAACAUAAUAUGACGUUUUUCUCAAUUAUGCCAUUCACACUGUAGUUAUAAGACGUUCUAGGUAUGCCAGUUUUAUAGGGUACAUUUUAAUAAUUAUGAAAAUACAGACAAUUUAACAAAAUGUUAAAGUAGUUCAGUAAAGUACUGACCAGUGAAAUACAGGUAAUCAUAAUUUGGAAAUAGAACAGAUGAGAAGUCAUUCACUGUCUGUUCAUUGUGUGAAAGUACAUCCUUUAGAGUAUAUAAACCAAUCAUUUGACUAAACCUGAGUCUUUUUCUAAACAGCAGCAUCCGUUUCUGAUUUCUGCAGUAUGUAUUCACACCUUUGCAAACAAUUGCAGUGAUUUUCACCAUUCAGUGUGGUGAUGUCUAAAGAAACGGAGACGCUGUGAGUGUUGUGCAGAGAGGACAUUUCAGCCCUUCAGCUAUGGGUUGGUAACACUUGUGCUGAGAACAACCUUUUUUUUUUUUUACUUUACAAGUGUUAGGCAUUAUAACUCACUUCCAAUAAUCAAAUACUGCCUAAUAGACAGAUUGAUUUGUUAUUUCAACCUUAACUUAUAUUUGGCACGGAGCAUUUAACGUUUUUAUAAAUACUGUAGCUCAAAAGGGUGUAAAAAUGUGAUGUUAUAAUGCUAUCUACUGUCCCUACUAAUGAGUCAUUAGACUGAAAUAGAAGAGGACCACUAAAACACACUACAUCAUCUACAUGAAGGAAAAGACUGAAUGUACAUGCCAUUUUGUGUAUUUACAAAGGUGAAUAUUACUUAUUUAUCUAUAUAAUGUGACACACAUAAUGCAUGUAUAUUUUAGAAUGAUGUAAACCACAUAAUUCUACAUUUCACAUCACAUCGUGGACACUGAGGGGUGAAUUUAUUCAGAUUUUUUUGGCAAAUACUUAUCACUAAUGAUCCUCUCUGGUUAAUCUGUGAAGAGUCAAACAUUGUGCAGCCUGCAAGCUUUUCUCUCUGGGAUCAUGAACAGCUGCUUGCACAUAAUUAUGUUGUCAUUCAUUGUUAUUUGGAAGAGGAAACUCAUACUGACAGCUAGGAUUUUUUUUGUGUACGUGUGUGUGUAUAUUUCUGUACACUGUGCAUUUACUUGCUUGUGUGUACAGUAAUGUGAACUGUUUGAACUAGCUCUGAGGCAUUGUUAUUGCAAUACUUUCCAGUAAAAUAUCAGAUAUAUGUGCCGUCUUUCUCCUUGGGACAUUUUCUGCCAGACGGAGUACAUUUGAAAUAGAUUUAGGAGCUAUAAAAAAGGAAAGAGGACAAAAAAGGAGAGGGAUAUGGAUUGAGACGGAGAAGUAGCAGGCUGAUUACAAGGUGUCAAAAUUGCCAGGAGCAAGAAGGU